AUGUCACAUACACAUCACACCCAGACUGACAGAACAACAAUUAAACCGAUACAACGUAGAGUUGUUUCGUGCGGAGAUCGCAAAUGCGACACGUUGUCGGAAAAAGACCACUCGUUUCUGAUGCUUAAAAAAAAAAGGAUGAAGAAUAUCGGAUACCCUACCAACCAUCAGAAGCAUCCGAAGUCAACGACCAAAUGCAUUUCUUCUGCGAUAAAGACCGUUACCAGCUUCAGCAAAGACUUUUGCAAUGAGACCAGCAUGCAUGGGUUUAUCCACAUAGCAGCACCUCGAAGACAUUGGUUUGAAAGACUUUUAUGGAUUGUGGCGACAGCUCUUUGUGUAUGGGGAGCUCUGGAUGUGGCUCUAGGCCAGCUGCAGCGGUACAAUGAGUCUCCAACGGUUGUGACCAUGGAAAAGGACUUCAGGUCCUGGGAGUUUAACCUACCAGCUCAAACCUUGUGUUUUAAGAAUCGAGUGGACAAUAAGAAGUUGCCAGUUGUGGUUAAGAAGUACUUCGGAACAGACCCUUCUGAUGAUCAAUACCAGUUCUAUGUAAGGCUGGUGAAGGCCAUCGCCAAUUCUGACAUCCUACACCUUGAGGGGUUCCAGGAAUUUGGGGAUAUGGAGACCAGCGUUGACAUGUUCGGUGUGGCUGUUGAUGUUAUGCCCGACAACGUUAUAAAAACGAAGUCUUCAGAUGGAGUAGCGUACACGUGGAUUCCAGUGAUGACUGAAGCAGGAGUCUGUCACACUACCAACUGCCUGGCGAUUGCUGAUGUAGCAAUCGGGCCUCUGAAAUCAAACGCCACUGCUGGUUGGCCUGGUAGCUGUGCCUACGCUUCUGUAAGCUGCUUCAUCAUCACGGACAUUACUGCAAAUGGAAGGUUCUACGUCCAUUCCCCCUACGACCUGAUGGAUUUAUCAGUCGACUGGACUGACAUCAUACUGACACUGGUCCGGGCAACUGAGCUGAGUGUUAUGGAGUCUAGAUGCGGAAGAGGAGUCAAGGAUCUGAGUCCCUCCAGAAGAGGGUGUUCCUAUAUGGAUGAGCCUCGAUUAAGCGGGAGGAAGUUCGGUAAAAUACUAGUGUUGUCACCUGAUGAUGGUCCAACCUGCACACCGAAAGGCAUGUGGUGUUUGGCAAAAAACGCGCAAAAGUUGCUGAAGAAUGAUGACAGGAAAUGCUCCUGCGUACCGCAGUGCAUUGACUGCAACUACAAGGAGAUGAUUAUUGAAGAACAGGUGUGGAAAAAUCCUCCGUUCAAUCAGCAUGGCUCUAUAAAGUACUCUGUCCAGCCUCCGCAGACCAGGUACACCAGGGAGAUCGUGUUCCACUUCCAGGACCUAGUUGUUUCAUUUGGAGGGGCUGCAGGUUUGUUCCUGGGCGCAAGUUUCAUAAGCCUUGUGGAGAUCCUAUACAUCAUGGUAGCGAAGCUGUUCAGACAUAUUUCUGGUGCUGAAGAUAAUAAUUCUAAAGCUGCAGCUGUUACAGUAAAAGAAGUUGGCGUAUCUCACGAAACUCUUCGAAUCAAUUAUCUGACCGCCAUCUUGGAAGAACACAAGGAUUACGACAAAAAACCUAGGUCAUAUUAUUACUAA